AGGAGGAGGUGGUGUUGGUGAGGGUGGUGGUGGUGGUGGGGGGGUGAAAGAGUCCCUUCCAGCUGUCGAGAGCAUCACUGACAAACUGGUCGGUUAACAGUGAGCCCCCCUCUCGCAAGCGUCCACCGCAUGUCCAUGUGGGCACAUUGACGCGCCUGACAGAGCACAGCCUCUAAAGCAGCCCUCGGGUUCAGGGUUUGCCCCUCCUGGCCAGCACCAAUCUGAGAUGGUUAGAAGGAGGGGGCGGGAAGGUUAGUUUGAAGAGGGCAGAGCUUUGCGAGAGAGGACGCCGAUUUCCCCUAUUAUUUCACCGCUGGAAGAAGAAGAAGAGAAAGAAGAAGAAGAAGAAGAAAAAAAAAAGAUCCAAACCCAGUGGACAGUAACAGCUGAGGGGAGAAAUCAGUCGGACCAAACGUCAGAACCUCAUUAACUCCAAAGGAAAGCCAGUCGGGAGAGAGAAGAAACAGCAAGAAGAGAGGACAAACCUUUACAGCUGCUGGAGUCUUCUGUUUAAACUGAUAUGGCUCCUGCACUCUGGAAGCUUCAAUCAUCGAACUUGAGCUUGUGGAUCUUCCUCCUGCUCCUGAACCUCCUUCCUGACGCCAGGGCAGUAGUUGGACACAGAGAGCCGCUGCCCGAUGAUAGUAAAGACAAUAUCACCAUUUUCACCCGGAUCCUAGACAGGCUGUUGGAUGGAUAUGACAACAGGCUACGUCCUGGGCUGGGAGAGAGUGUGACAGAAGUGAGGACAAACAUCUACGUGACGAGUUUUGGGCCGGUGUCUGAUACAGAUAUGGAGUACACCAUCGACGUCUUCUUCCGUCAGAGUUGGAGGGACGAGAGGCUGAAGUUUGACGGGCCCAUGCAAGUCUUACCCCUCAACAACCUCCUGGCCAGUAAGAUCUGGACCCCUGAUACCUUUUUCCACAACGGGAAGAAAUCUGUGGCCCACAACAUGACGACUCCUAACAAACUGUUACGACUAGUCGACAACGGCACGCUUCUCUACACGAUGAGGUUGACCAUCCAUGCCGAGUGCCCCAUGCACCUGGAGGACUUCCCGAUGGAUGCACACGCCUGCCCUCUGAAAUUUGGAAGUUAUGCCUACACCAACAACGAGGUGAUCUACCUGUGGACCCAGGGAGAUGAGAGGUCUGUCUCUGUUGCAGAGGACGGCUCCAGGCUGAACCAGUAUGACUUACUGGGACACGUUAUUGGCAAAGAAACCAUCAGCUCCAGCACAGGAGAAUAUGUAGUGAUGACAACAUAUUUCCAUUUGAAAAGGAAAAUUGGCUAUUUUGUGAUUCAAACCUACCUCCCGUGCAUCAUGACUGUCAUACUGUCUCAAGUCUCCUUCUGGCUAAACAGAGAAUCGGUUCCUGCUCGCACUGUAUUUGGGGUCACCACUGUCCUAACCAUGACCACCUUGAGCAUCAGUGCUAGAAACUCCCUUCCUAAGGUGGCCUAUGCCACCGCCAUGGACUGGUUCAUGGCUGUGUGCUAUGCCUUUGUCUUCUCUGCCUUGAUUGAGUUUGCGACAGUCAACUACUUCACCAAGCGCAGCUGGGCAUGGGAUGGGAAAAAAGAGGGCAUGGAAAUAAGGGAACCGUUUCAGGCUAACAUGGCCAGGAUUAAAGAUAUGAGAAGAGAGUCCGCGACUUUGUCCAAAAAGGCUAACAACACCUUCAACAUAGUCGGGACCACCUACGCCAUCAACGUAGCUAAAGACCAAGGUUUAACGACCAUUUCCAAGAGCGCCGCCGGAGCGUCGGCCAAACACUCCUCCUAUCUCCACAGAAUGGAUGACCCCUACACGGAGGCCAAGAAGUCCUACAACCGUGUCAGCAAAGUGGACAAGAUCUCGCGCAUCAUUUUCCCAGUUCUGUUCUUCAUCUUCAACUUAGGCUACUGGGCCACGUAUGUCAACAGAAAGCCCGCUAUUAUGAAGGCAAACAACCUAAACUGAAUUUGACCAAAUGUUAGGCUUGAUCUGGUUCGUUUCGAAAAGGGUAGACAGGUUUGCAGGAGGCCAAGUCCAUUACAUCUUAUCGAGUGUGUGUGUGCGCGCGUCUGUGUGUGUCUGUUUUUGAUAUUUUGCACGUCUGUAUAGAUGGAAGGCAAAUCUUAAACAUUUCAGUAGAUUCACGUGUAAUAGCGAAGCUUGGGAGGGAGCACAUCAUCAUAUCAGACUGUGUUUGUGUAGCAUUUAUUUUCUCCCCCAGUCCACACUUAGCUCUGGCCCUGAUACCCCGUCCCCACGAUCCCACCCCGUCCCCCCCUCUCAUCGUCGUGAGUAACCAAGUGUUCCUCUGCUGUAUCUUGACUUGCUUGCCGUUUCGUAGCGUAGUCAAAAUUGUGUUUUCACUAUGUUUUGACAUGUUUGCGCUUUGCUUCUAAUAAGUUAGAGCGAACAUGCCUUUUGAAGUUUUCAUCGUAGCUCAUUAUCGACGAUAAGGUUGUGACACAUCCAUUGAGUUGACCCACAUGCACGCACACGGACACACUGAUGCAUUUCAGAGGUAAAAAAUAAAAAUAAAAACAUGCCAUAGGAGCCAUUUGUCGGUUGCUUUCCUGUGUACUCCGUUAGCUGGAGGGCGGGCAGCCUGCAUAGUUCCAUAGGAACAUCAUUAAUAAUCGUCACUGUCUGGCCUUCAGCUCGUGCUGAAUCUCAACAGACCCAAUGUAGUAUCAUCUGGAAUUGCUUUCGCGUCCCACGGGGGCUGCCUGUACAUUUUCUAGUUCAGUGGCUCUCAUUGUUUUAACUGGCUGAGUAUGUUCAAUGAUAGAGAAGCUAUGUGCCUUGGUGAAUACAAAAAGAAAUAAAAAAAAAAAACGCGCUCACACAUUUACAGCACACGUAUGCACAACGAUCUGUGUGUUAGUACCACAUGCAAACUGGUGUCCGCGAGCGCCGUGCCCUGUGCGGCAGGCAGCCAGUGUAAAAUUGGCCCAUUAGCGUGGAAGGUUAACAGACCUCUGCCUCUGAAAAAAAAAAAAAAAGAUGAUUAAAAGGAUCCAGGCGUAGUCCCGAACAAUUAUGCGUGUGCGUUUAUGGUUUGGCUCAUGAGCCGAGCAGUCAAAACAGACUACCACCAUUACCUCAGACUGAAGUCGAAAUCCUGAAUUGCAGUUUAUUAUACCUUCUAUCCAUGCAAAUGCAAAUGACGCCACACGUUUUAUACAUUCACGUCAUACCAGACACUCUUUAUUUGUCGUGUUUCAGCUGGUUUUGGCUCCGUUAUGAUUUAUCUGUAAGAUUUUGAUUCAUGUUGUACUAUUGCCCUACUUAAUUGUGUAAAAUAUAUUGGUGUCGAUUUGAUUGUCUACAUAUGCUGUACUGUUUUUGUGUUUUGAAGUAGACAACAAAAAGGCCAAUAUGUCACAGUCAUACUGUACUUCUGUGCUAAUUUUGGAGACCCUGACGCCGCUGGAGAUGGCUGUGCUGCCAAAUUAGUUAAAAAAGACCACUAGAUUUCUUCAGCAAUAAAAUAAAAUUGAAUUAUUGUGAUCAAAAUGAAGAGAAAACCUCUGUCAAAGUUGAAAAUUAGAUUUGUCUCCAGCUGUGGUGACUGUCUCCAAUUUCUUUUCUUUCCGUUUGUUAAGCGACAUCUGUAUCUUUGUCGUGUGCUGAACUUGGUACGUGUUUAUACAGAUGUUUCUUUUAUUUGCUGGA